AUGAGUUCUCCUCAGAAACCUGGAGUUCCACCCAGGCCCCGGACGGAGGAGAUGUUCAACGCUCUCCAGCAGAAAGUUCAAAGCCUGGAGUUGAUGAAAAUUGUUCUGCACAUCACGCUUGCUGGCAUUUUCUUCAAGCGUGACCUCCUGCCGCUAGUCACGUUCGGUGAACGAAGUCUUUCCAUUCCAAAAGCCCCCAAUCGGGAGGGUUCCCAUAUUCGCACCUAUGAAGAGUUCAUCAGUGCAGAAAACAACCAGGUCGACGGCCCUACCUUCCAGGUCAAGGUCAUGGAGAGAGGAGUUGAUUCCCGAACGGACCGUGUACUCGAUCUUCUCGAAGGAAGUAUCUUCGAAGUUCUCGUUCGGCGCCGUCUCCAGGCCGUGAAAUUCACUAUCGUCAAGAAGGUCGAACCGCCCAUUGAAAUCGUCGAGGCCUAUACCAUCUCCUUCAAAUACCACAGCGAGCACAGCGAGCACAGCAAGCCUAAUAGCCAAGACCAGGACGCGUCCAAAACGAAUCCCGGCCUUAACACCGGGAAAGAAGAGAAAAGCAAAACCAGUAGUCUCAUAACCAUUCGCUCCGCCAUGGACAUAGCAAAGGGCAUCCAGCAAAUGGACCGCUUACUGAUUCCCAUCACAGCAACAUUCACCAAACUACCAAACGCCCGAGCCCUGGGAGUUUUCCUGUUAUAUACCGACGAUUGUCCCAAAGGGUACCAAGCGCCUGACUUCGUCGACGCGGGCGGUUUUGCGUUCAAAUUCGCGAACGAGGAGGAUCAAGCGGUGCGGAAACUGAGUUGUGGGGGAAUCAGCACGGGUCAUCAUUUUGCGCACCUUAAGGUGACCUAUCUCAACCCCGUUUCGACUUUGUGUCGCUCUAGUGAAGCUCAAAUGUCGCCGAGACCGGCACGCGUGACGCAGGAGGAGGCUGAUGCGAUUCCUAUUCCCCUGUUCAAGGUGCAUGUCGAACGUGAUGAAUGA